CUAAUUGGAGUAAUUGGCAUUUCAUUUCCCGCUAAUAUUUACGCGGGUAACGAGAAUAGCUCUUGGCUUUCCCGCUGCUUUGCGCAAGUUACCUCCCCCUCGGAGCAACUAAGAGCUGAGCUUCCAAACUUUAAUCUUCCUCCAAAAGCCCCUCAAUCUCUGCUGCUUACUCUCCGAUCACUAUCUUAUACUCCUCCAAUGAAUUCCCGCGACGUCCUUCUCGUCUCCACCGCUACUAUUUUCGGCGCUCUGUCAUCCGCCUUGGCGCUUCGCUUCUUCUUCAGCUCCAAACCCAAACUCUCCCAGAUCUGUUCAUCGUCGGCCAACGGCGAAGCUGCUGCACAGAAACGUUCUGCUCACAGUCCCUUCGAUCCUUCCAAGCGAAAGUGGUAUCUGUCAUGGGACGAUUAUUUCAUGGCAAUUGCUUUCCUAUCUGCCGAGCGGUCCAAAGAUCCCAACAGGCAGGUCGGUGCGUGCCUGGUUAGUCCAAAUGGCGUCAUUCUUGGCAUUGGUUACAAUGGAUUUCCCAGAGGCUGUUCAGAUGACAAACUCCCAUGGGCGAAGAAAUCCAAGAACGGUGACCCUUUGGAGACAAAGUACCCUUAUGUUUGUCAUGCUGAAGUCAAUGCUAUUCUGAACACAAACCAUGCUUCUGCAGCAGGGCAACGGCUUUAUGUGACUAUGUUUCCAUGCAACGAAUGCGCAAAGAUAAUUAUUCAGUCUGGUGUGUCCGAGGUCAUAUAUUUUGUGGAGAAGAACUCGAGUAAUACAGAUGUUGCAUACACUGCCUCGCGCAAACUGUUGUCAAUGGCUAAUGUCAAAGUAAGGAAACUCCAACCGCAAAUGGACCAAAUAUUGAUCAAGUUUGAAGACCCUAGAUAAACCUAUACCCAUUUUGAAUGAACUACUCACAUCUUAGUUGACGAACCAUUAGGGUUGGCUCUACUGUUUGUUGUACACUCGUUCAAUCAGCUGUAUGAUUCAUUUACACAAUUACUUGCGUCUAGGUUAGACCGAAUCAAGACAACAAUGGUAAUUGCGGAGAAGUGCGGAGAAAAACAACUCUCAGAUAUCGUCCAUACUGUUUGCUCGAAGUUAUCCACUGUCAUUGAGACAACAAAUCCUCAACGUCUGAUGUCGUCUUUGGUAAAAUGAACGGCAAUUGGCUAC